AUGGAGUUACAAGAGACAAGCUCAGAUACACUGAAUGAAUCGAUGUGGCCGGAUCAUCUUCCAUCACCAUCGUAUCAACAAUUAUCACCGCCUGUUCAACAAAGCGGACGCAACGUCAUCACCACUCAACAAAUAUCCGUGAGUUAUCAUACUCCGGAUGGUAGUAUUUUGUGGAAUGAAAAACGCGAAUCACCACAAAGUUCUCCAGAUACAAAUGAACCUUUACUUCAUUCCGACGAGAUACGAGAAAAUUCACCAACAAAUGAACAAGCUUCAGCUUCUGGAUAUCAUCAGUUUAUGUCAAAUCGUAAACGACGAUGUGAGCUUAAUCAAAUUGGUGACUUGGAUCGCAAAUAUAUUCGAAGAGAUGUUUUGAAUUACAAUACUGCUGUGGGUCAAUUGCUUAUUUCCUCAAGAUUUUUAAAUUCAAGGCCGGCUCAUGUCAAAGGCUCCAAGAGGGGAACGGGUGGCAAUGCAAUAAGUUUACAGGCGAACUUUUUCAAGAUUUUGAGCGCUCCUGAUUGGGGUUUGAGGCAAUACCGUGUAGAUUUUGCCCCUGAAGAAGACAGAACUAUCGUUCGAAAAGGCUUAUUACGACUUCACAAAAAAGCAUUAGGAACUUACAUGUUUGAUGGAAGUGUUAUGUACACUUGCAAUCGUUAUUCAGGAGUUUCAAAAACAGAAGCGAUGGAAUUAUUCUCGGAGCGGCAAUCUGAUAACGCUAAAAUAAAAGUCAGCAUUCGUUUAGUUGGAGAGUUGGUUAAAGGUGAUCCACACUACCCACAAUUCUUCAACAUCAUUGCUCGCAAAGGACUGGAGCAUCUCCAUCUUCAAUUAGUCGGACGCAAUUACUUCGACGCUCGAGCAAAAGUGGAAAUUCCUGAGUACAGAUUCGAAUUGUGGCCGGGUUAUCAAACAUCAAUUCGUCAACAUGAACGUGAUGUUCUAAUGGGAGUAGAAAUUACUCACAAAGUAAUGCGUCAAGAAAAUUUAUUAGAUAUUUUAGGAAGAGUUCGUUCUAACGCUCGUGGAGGUGAUAUUCAAGGAGCUUGCAAAGCUGAAGUUAUUGGUGUCACAGUAUUAACUGGCUACAACAAUAACACAUACCGAAUUGAGGACAUUGAUUUUACUAAAAAUCCAAAAUCUUCAUUUAAAUUGGGAAAAGAAGAAACUUCAACUACUUACAUUGAUUAUUAUCGUAACAAAUAUGGUCUUACUAUUAAUAAUCUGUCGCAACCAUUACUUGUCACUCGUUUACCCCUGCGAGAUCGUCGUGCAGGAAAAGAUGAACUGCUUUAUUUAAUUCCCGAACUAUGUAGAGCCACAGGAUUAACUGACGAAAUGAGAACCGACUAUAAAUUGAUGGCUAAAUUGGCGACAUUCACUCGCCUUAACCCUGACCGGCGUAUUGAUAGAUUACUUCAUUUCAAUAAACGACUCCAAGAUGAGUUAACUGUAGUGGAAGAGUUCCAACAAUGGAAUUUAAAACUAGACAAUAAGUUGGUAGAAAUUCCAGCUCGCGUCAUUCCACCUGAAAAUAUAAUUUUUGGAAACACGAAGCAAUCUGCUUCUACCAGUGCUGACUGGACUCGUCACUUCCGAGGUGCCCGAUUGAUUAUUUCUACUAAAUUAACAGAUUGGGUACUGAUUGUUCCAGAACGUGCUAAACGAGACGCACAACCAUUUAUUGAAAAUCUCAUCAAAGUCGGUAAUGGAAUGUCAUUCGCCAUAAAUAAACCCCAAGUUCGCGAAAUAAUGAAUGAUUCUGCACAAUCAUAUGCUGAAGAGUUGGAGAGAAUAAUGAGUCGCAAUGUUCCACAACUCAUAUGCUGCAUUUCAGUAAGAUCACGAGCGGAUGUCUACUCAGCAAUCAAGAAGAAGUGUUGCCUUGAUCGUCCUAUUCCGAGUCAAGUUAUUCUUUCGAAAAAUUUGGCAUCUAAAGGUGCCAUGUCAAUUGCUACCAAAAUAGCAAUUCAAAUCAAUUGUAAAAUCGGUGGUGCUCCUUGGAGUCUUGACUUUGGAAUCGCUGGAUUAAUGGUUGUCGGAUUUGAUGUCUGUCACGAUCCUAAUCAACGUGGAACUGAUUUUGGAGCCAUGGUUGCAUCACUUGAUCGCGGUAUGACCAGAUACUUUUCGGCAGUCAGUGCUCAUAAAAGUAAUGAAGAGUUAACCAACGAAUUCAGUAUCAACAUGGUCAAGGCAUUGCGUAAAUACGCGGAAUUGAAUGGAGAUAAACUUCCAUCCCGUAUUGUCGUCUACCGUGAUGGCGUUGGCGAUGGACAGAUUCCCUACGUAUUGGAACACGAAGUUGAUCAUCUUCGGGAAGCUCUUAGCAAAUUAUAUGGAAAUGCUGAACUGGUGAAGUUGGCCUUCAUCAUUGUCACAAAGCGCAUCAAUACAAGAUUGUUCUACAAUCGUCGUGAAAAUCCACCUCCUGGAACCAUUGUUGACGACGUAAUCACUAACCCAUGGAGGUAUGAUUUCUUCAUUGUAUCUCAGUGUGUUAGACAAGGAUCUGUCUCACCCACAGCCUACAAUGUCAUUUAUGACAAUGUCGGUCUCGAUGUCUCUUGCAUCCAGAGACUGACUUUCCAGUUGACUCACAUGUACUUCAACUGGAGCGGAACUGUGAGAGUUCCAGCACCUUGCCAAUACGCUCACAAAUUGGCAUUUUUAAUUGCUCAAAGUAUUCAUCGGCCACCCAGUAGCCAUUUGGAAAGUCUCUUAUAUUUCCUUUAA